CUCGGUUGGGAAAGAUGGCGGCAGUCAUCACUGUGCGGGGUCCAUUCGCGUUUAUGAGACGCCUGGUCUCUGCACGUUUGCACAAGCACUGCUGCUCAAAGACCCAGGCAGCUUGCCUCGUGUACCGACCCCAAUCAUAUUCCCUUAAUGCUGGGCAACAGCAUCGCUUCUUUCGCACUAGCUAUGUUGCAGCAAGACCAGUUUUGCAGUUUAAGCUCUCAGAUAUUGGGGAAGGCAUUAUGGAGGUGACAGUUAAAGAAUGGUAUGUGAAAGAGGGCGACAAAGUGUCUCAGUUCGACAGCAUCUGUGAAGUUCAGAGUGAUAAAGCAUCUGUAACGAUCACAAGCCGCUAUGACGGAAUCAUUCGUAAACUCUACUAUGAUGUCGAUUCAAUUGCCCUUGUGGGCACACCUCUUGUUGACAUCGAAACAGAUGCGGGCCACGUGAAGGGACCUCAGGAGGACGUGGUGGAGACACCAGCCAUGUCCCAAGAGGAACACACACACCAGGAGAUCAAAGGACACAAGACUCAGGCAACCCCUGCAGUAAGACGGUUAGCCAUGGAGAACAAUAUUAAACUAAGUGAAGUCAUCGGCACUGGAAAGGAUGGCCGUAUUCUCAAAGAGGACAUCCUCAACUUUAUAGCCAGACAGACAGGGGCCAUUUUACCCCCCACCCCAUUCCAGGAGAUUCAACCUCCUCCUCCUGCAUCCGCUGUACCAUCAGCUCCAAAACCAAAAGAGAAGGCAGCUCCACCCAGUAUUCCCACUCCUGUUGUCCAUAAGCCUGUGUUCACAGGCAAAGACCGCACUGAGCCUGUAAAAGGCUUUCAGAAAGCAAUGGUUAAGACUAUGUCAGCAGCCCUGAAGAUCCCUCACUUUGGUUACUGUGAUGAAGUGGAUCUGACACAGUUAGUGCGAUUGCGCUCCGAGCUGAAGGGAUUGUCAGAGUCUCGAGGUGUGAAGCUAAGCUACAUGCCAUUCUUCAUCAAGGCAGCAUCACUUGGACUCCUCCAUUUCCCCAUUCUUAAUGCUGCCGUGGAUGAAAACUGCACAAACAUCACCUAUAAGGCUGCUCAUAACAUCGGACUGGCGAUGGACACCAGUCAAGGUCUUUUAGUUCCUAACGUGAAGAACGUACAGAUGCUCAGCGUCUUUGAAAUUGCAGUUGAGCUCAACCGUCUGCAGACGUUGGGUGUGUCGGGUCAGUUGGGUACUGCCGACCUCACGGGGGGGACAUUCACCCUGUCAAAUAUAGGAUCGAUUGGAGGAACCUAUGCAAAGCCGGUUAUAUUACCUCCCGAGGUUGCUAUUGGUGCUCUUGGGAAGAUUCAGGUGCUACCUCGGUUCAACCACAAAGGCGAGGUAAUGAAAGCACAUAUCAUGAACGUCAGCUGGUCUGCUGACCAUCGAAUUAUCGAUGGAGCCACCAUGUGUCGUUUCUCCAACAUGUGGAUAUCUUACCUGGAGAAUCCUGCCUCCAUGGUCCUGGAUUUAAAAUAAAGAUCACACUGUCCUCAUACACAUCUAGCCAUGCAAACCCACUUUCUGUAAUGACUGAUGAUGUCAUGUCCAGACACUACAGAUUUUUACUCCGGCAAAGAGCUCAUGUCAUCUGAGCCACUCCUUCCAUUAUGACAUGAACGGUGCACAUUGUUUCUGACUGUUGUUUUGAUGUUUGUUUCCUUUGUGUGUACUGUUAAGGUUUAAAGUUGUCUCCUGUUGUUGCCUUACUGAUGUAGGCUGUUACAUCUACCAGAACGUAUUAUUAAUUUCUGAAUGGUAGAGAAUAUGAACUUAUAAAUGUAGCGAUAUGAACACUAACCUAUGAACAUUGAUUUAUAAUCAAACUUUCUAGUUACUGUGAAAUCAGAAUGUCACUUCAGUGGCAUUGCACAAGGGUUUUAAAAAUGUAUCCACACUAGUUACAAACAGGUGAUAUCUGUUAGUGAAAAAAAAAAAAAAACUGUCUUGGUGAAUCUCUAGAAACAUGCAAGCUCAAAAUUAAAAGGAAAAAGUGUUAUAUUUUGCAUAGAAAUGUUCAUUACAGAUUAAGUGCAUUUUAAUGUGUUCAUAUGUUUUACUUUGGAGAUUUUCUUUUUUCAUUCUCAUCCUUAAUUACUAAUACAGUAAUAUUUUACUUUAUUACAGUAAAUAAAAUACUGUAAUACAAUAUUUGUAAUUAAAAUCAGCACAAGUUAAAGUACGACUAACACUACCGUGAUGUAUGAAUACUUUUCGAUUUAAAUACAUAACAUUUUUUUAAUAUAAUUUUUUUGGAUUACAGUAAUGAAAACUACUUUAUAAAAAAACAAUGAAAAUGAAGCUUUUAAGAAAAUUAUAGUUUCUUUUUUCUUUCUUUUGAUUUUGAAGUGAAAUAUGACCAGGACAUGUUCUUGUUUCGUGAGAUUCACCUUUUUUCUUUUUUUUUUUUAAGAAUGCUGCUUUUCUUUUUAAUCUGAUGUCAUUGGUUUUGAAGGACAGUGGAAAUAUAUGUGCAAAAUAUAUUCAUUUUGGCUGUGGGAAAUUUAAACUGAUGUAAUAUCUUCUCUGGUGUGAUGAUUGUAUACAUGGACACUAAAGUUCUGAGACGGUGAUGUUCAUCCACUAUUAAUGAAAAAUGGGUGCUUCUUUUAGGGACUUUUGAGCUUGUGAAUUUUGAAGAAAUGCAUUUUAAUAAAUAAUAUAUUUUAGAAAUCA